AUACAACUAGUUAUGCCCAAUUCUCUCUCCUCUCUCUCUCUCUCUAGGGAUUUCGCUGCGUCCCGCGGAGCCCUCGCCAAACAUGGUCUGAUUCUCCGGCGAAAUUCGCCGCCUUCCGAUCGUUUCCCCGGCCCCCGUCGCUUCGAUCCGUGUGCUUGUUGAUCUAGCCAUCAGCUGUCUGGUAUUGACACUUCCUUCCUGCAAAAUUAAAAGGUCUUUCCGUGUACGUUAUUGGUACGGUACUGGAUAUACUACUUGGGCUUACCUAACAUGGAAGAUAAUGAAUCAGUUGCUAUGCUCAUGGACUCCACGUCAUCCAAGAUAGCACAACUUCAGAAAGCAUUCGCUGAGCUUGAGAGUCAUCGAGCCAUAACCCUAAAUCUAAAAUGGAAGCAACUUGAGGAACAUUUUCAGGGGCUUCAGAAGUCCUUGAAAAGGCGUUUCACAGAAUUGGAAGACCAAGAAAAGGAGUAUGAGACCAAAAUAACGAAAGCUCAGGAGAUACUGGAGAAGCGCGAGGCAGCUGUUAUGGCCAAGGAGAAAGCUUCAUUGGAGGGGCUGCAAGAGAAAAGAGAUGCUGCAGUAUCUGCUAUUGUUAAUGCUUUCCAGAAGCACAGGAAGUUAUCUUCUGCAGAAGUAGUUGCUACCGGUGAGGAACAAGUUGGGGCACCAUUUGUUAAAGAGAAACCAUCUGAUGUCAUGGCUACUGGGAAUAACUUUGGAGAUGUGAAAAAGACUUCUGAAAAUGAAAGUGUGGAGGUGAAGUCUUAUCCCGAACUAGUGAAAUUAUGUCAAGAUAUGGAUUCAGACAGGCUCCAUAAGUUCAUAUCAGACAAUCGCAAGAACCUUGCUGCCAUCAAGGAAGAAAUUCCUCUUGCAUUAAAAGCUGCAGCUGAUCCAGCUUCUCUGGUUUUGGACUCUCUUGAUGGUUUCUACAGCAUGGAGUUGUCAAAUUUGGAUGGGAAAAAAGAUUCAAAUCUAUUGGGUUUACGCCGGACCUGUAUCAUGUUGAUGGAAUGCCUCAGUGUUUUGUUAACGAACCUGGAUCGGACCACUGUUUCCAAUAUAAUUACAGAAGGUGUUAAACAACGAGCAAAGGCAAUUGCUGAGAAUUGGAAACCCAAGCUGGAUGAUCUUGAUGUGGAUGCCUACAAUGGGAACUCCUUGGAGGCUCAUGCAUUUUUACAGCUUCUAGCCACUUUUGGCAUCGAUUCUGAUUUUGAUCAGGCUGAUUUGUCCAAACUCAUACCGAUGGUUUCUCGUCGCCGCCAAACAGCUGAACUGUGUCGUGCUCUUGGAUUGGCAGAGAAAAUGCCAGGUGUAAUCACUGUGUUGGUGAAUAAUGGAAGGCAUAUUGAUGCUGUUAACCUAGCUUUUGCAUUUGAGCUGACAGAACAAUUCCCACCAGUAUCAUUACUGAAAUCCUACUUGACCGAGUCCAACAAGGUUUCUUCACCUGGCAAAAGUGGAAAUUCAUCUCCUACCGUACAGUGUGAGGUCAAUGAAAGAGAGCUGUCUGCCCUAAAGGCUGUGAUAAAGUGCAUUGAAGACCACAUGCUUGAAGAGCAGUAUCCCGUGGAGCCACUCCAAAAACGAGUUCUACAGCUGGAGAAGGCAAAGGAAGACAAGAAAAGGGCAACCGAAGUUUCAAAGCCUCAGCCCAAAAGACCCCGUGCCAGUGGUGUUGGACAUGGCCCCCGAGUUGCUAAUGUUGCCAUGGACAAGAACUUCUAUGCUAGAAUGACCGACAGGUACCCACAGUAUAUGUAUGACAGAGCGUAUGUUUACCCGGGUCCAACUGACAACCAUAUCCCGUCGCUUCUGGGUUCUGCUGCUUACACCCUGUCUCCUGCCGGUCAUGGCAGCUUCUUCGGAAAUGGAUUCCAGUACCAGGCUGCUGCGUAUCUUCACUAGUGGGUAGGACUGUCUAAACUUUGAUCCAUGAUCCUGUUAACAGCUAGUGUUAACCUUUCACUUCCUUGAUGUUGUAAUGAUGAUGGAAUUUAGUAUCUAAGAAACAGACCUUGUUGACUUUUAAUUUCUUGUACAAGCUGAUACUGUGAUCCUUUAAAUAUAUGUACUGUUUUUCUUGUUGAUGUAA